AUGAUUCUCAAAGAGCCCAACACCGUCAAACUCCGUCUGUCCGCACCGACAUCAAACACCGUCAACAUCGUACUGAUGCUCACAUCCGUCCUCGGCUACAAUCUCCUCUGCAGCAUGCCUACUGCGCCCUACGGAGACCGAGGCGGAGGACUCGGAGUCAACCCACUGCGACUUACGCCCACGCUCAAUACAACCGAGCAACCCGUCAUCCUCGACCCAAUCGAUUCAACCUGUUCGACAAAGCGUUACGACGACCAGUGCCGCGGCCAGAUCAGCCACGCCAGAGAGUACAUUCCUCCCUGGCUGAUUCCCCUCUGGCCCAGCGAGCCUCGUCAAGUUGCAUCAAGUUCCUACGUCAAAUCAACAGGCGGACGAGCCCUCAACCGUCCCGACAUCUGCGAGCAGCACCAGCCGCGCCAACAUCAAGGACAAGUCAACGUCGCAAGCUAUUUCAUCCGGGGGGGGAAUCGCUACAGGGUUGUACGCUCGACGCCUAUCUCCGUUGCCGUCGGCUGGCCCUUGCCCUCCUUCAUCCUGCCAUCCGGCUGCGGGCCGACGCCGACGCCUCCUGUCGGACCUCUUCGAAACGUCAUCGAUCGUGGGGGGGCCUGGGGGGAAGGGGGCGGCGCCCCCAUACCAGAGGCCGAGGCACCCGCCGAGGCCGGCGUCCCAAAGGCCGAGGCUGCCGCCGAGGCCGCCGCCAUUCCAGAGGCCGAGGCUCCCGCCGAGGCCGGCGUCUCAAAGGCCGAGGCUGCCGCCGAGGCCGCCGCCAUUCCAGAGGCCGAGGCUCCCGCCGAGGCCGGCGUCCCAAAGGCCGAGGCUGCCGCCGAGGCCGCCGCCAUUCCAGAGGCCGAGGCUCCCGCCGAGGCCGCCGCCAUCCCAGAGGCCGAGGCUCCGGCCGAGGCCGGCGUCCCAAAGGCCGAGGCUGCCGCCGAGGCCGCCGCCGUCCCAAAGGCCGAGGCUGCCGCCGAGGCCGCCGCCGCCCCAGAGGCCGAGGCUCCCGCCGAGGCCGUCUCAAAGGCCGAGGCUGCCGCCGAGGCCGCCGCCGUCCCAGAGGCCGAGGCUCCCGCCGAGGCCGGCGUCCCAAAGGCCGAGGCUCCCGCCGAGGCCGCCGCCAUCCCAGAGGCCGAGGAUCUCGCCGAGGCCGGCGCCCAAGAGGCCAUUGCCGACGCAUACACCGCCGAUGUCGUUGCCAUUCAUAUCCCUGCAGUAGUGCGAGCGCAGACCCUAGGGAGCGACUGCCAGCACCCAGGGAGCAACGACACAUUCAUCGGCCACGUCGGCAAGUCCGUCGCCGACGCCGCCUCCUCCGUCAGCGGCUGUUCCGUCGGCUCCGUCGCCGACGCCGCCUCCUCCGUCAGCGGCUGUUCCGUCGGCUCCGUCGCCGACGCCGCCGCCUCCGUCAGCGGCUGUUCCGUCGGCUCCGUCGCCGACGCCGCCUCCUCCGUCAGCGGCUAUUCCGUCGGCUCCGUCGCCGACGCCGCCUCCUCCGUCAGCGGCUCUUCCGUCGGCUCCGUCGCCGACGCCGCCUCCUCCGUCAGCGGCUCUUCCGUCGGCUCCGUCGCCGACGCCGCCUCCUCCGUCAGCGGCUCUUCCGUCGGCUCCGUCGCCGACGCCGCCUCCUCCGUCAGCGGCUCUUCCGUCGGCUCCGUCGCCGACGCCGCCUCCUCCGUCAGCGGCUGUUCCGUCGGCUCCGUCGCCGACGCCGCCUCCUCCGUCAGCGGCUCUUCCGUCGGCUCCGUCGCCGACGCCGCCUCCUCCGUCAGCGGCUAUUCCGUCGGCUCCGUCGCCGACGCCGCCUCCUCCGUCAGCGGCUCUUCCGUCGGCUCCGUCGCCGACGCCGCCUCCUCCGUCAGCGGCUAUUCCGUCGGCCCCGUCGCCGACGCCGCCUCCUCCGUCAGCGGCUAUUCCGUCGGCCCCGUCGCCGACGCCGCCUCCUCCGUCAGCGGCUAUUCCGUCGGCCCCGUCACCGACGCCGCCUCCUCCGUCAGCGGCUGUUCCGUCGGCUCCAUCGCCGACGCCGCCUCCCACGACAGGGGCUACAGCGUCGCUCCCUACGACGUCGCCUUCCGCACCAUCAACCGCCAAACUGCCUCCGACAUCUACCAAUCAGGGGGGGGCAGGCGCGCACGCAGACAGAUUGAUGGGCGAACGACGCUCCGCUCUCGACACCCUGCUCGGCCACGCUCUCGAGGCGCAUCCGCUCGAGAUGCUGCCACCGCAUAUAUUGGCUUCGCGCGUGCAGGCAGGAUUCCGCUUUCGAUCACCCCCGCUGCUCUCAAUCGGGGGGGGGCGUCGCUGCCCGCGCCAUGCUGCCGUCCACACGGCGUCACCAUUAGUGUCACCCCACCAUUCACACCAGUAGACGGGCGUGAGACUAUUACGUCCAAUCAGCCCAAUUGGCCCAAUUGGGGAUCCGUCGGGGUGUUCGUAUCUUCAUUCCCAUAA